UUCCAGCCACGCACUUGCCAAGAAAGGGAAAAUAGGUUCAAGAGUCUGGGGAAAAAAAGUGCUCCGGACGGCGGCGGUGAAGCAGGGCGGCUGCUCCCGUCAUGGCGGACUGCGAACGCCCGGGCAGAGUUGUGUUGCUGGGACGUGCCUGGACGGUGUCCCACCCCCGGCCCCCCGAAAGGAGCAGCGAGCCUGGUGGUCUGGAGCAUGGAGAGGCAGGCGUGCGGGGCGCAGGUCUGGAGUGGACCCCAAAGCCAAACAAACUUGUUCACCUUGGAGCUACAAAUAUCAGUGAUUUGAGAUUUGAGCUCGUCCCCCAUUGUUCCUGCGCAAGCAAGGACCAGAAAAAUGAACGUCCAAGGGAAAGGCUUUCCCUUGGACCUUGGAGGAAGCUUCACUGAAGAUGCUCCGAGGCCGCCGGUUCCUGGCGAGGAGGGGGAGCUGGUGUCCACGGAUCCAAGGCCAGUUAGCCACGGUUUCUACUCCGGUAAAAGCGAUGUGGUUAGAAAUGAGACGUCGACGGCAACCCCGCGGCGCUCCGAUUUGGAUUUGGGGUACGAGCCCGAGGGGAGUGCUUCGCCAACUCCACCCUACCUGAAGUGGGCCGAGUCGCUGCACUCCUUGCUGGAUGAUCAAGACGGUAUCAACCUCUUCAGGACUUUCCUGAAACAGGAGGACUGCGCGGAUCUGCUGGACUUCUGGUUUGCCUGCAGCGGCUUCAGGAAGCUGGAGCCCUGCACGUCUAACGAGGAAAAAAGACUCAAGCUGGCAAAAGCCAUUUACAAAAAAUACAUCCUCGACAACAACGGCAUUGUGUCCCGGCAGAUCAAACCAGCCACAAAAAGCUUCAUCAAAGACUGCGUCAUGAAACUGCAGAUUGACCCCGACAUGUUUGACCAGGCCCAAACGGAGAUUCAGUGCAUGAUAGAAGACAAUACCUACCCUUUGUUCCUCAAGUCGGAUAUUUAUUUGGAAUACACGAGGACAGGUGGGGAAAGUCCAAAAAUUUAUAGCGAUCCCAGCUCGGGGUCCGGGACAGGUAAAGGGCUACCUGGUUAUCUGCCGACUCUGAACGAGGACGAGGAGUGGAAAUGCGACCAAGAGGCCGAGUCCGAGGCCAGCCGGGACUCAGCACCCUCCAGCAGGCUGACGCAGAAGCUGCUCCUGGAGACGGCCACCCAACGCGCCGCCUCGGCCCGGCGCUACAGCGAGGGCAGGGAGUUCAGGUAG